GCGCAGUGCCGCCCCAGGCCGGGCCCGGAGCCUGGGUGUUGCGUAGCGCAGCUGCCGGAGGUGUAGGCGGUGACAUCCCUCCCUCCCCCCCGGGAACAUGAGCCCGGCCGCCGGCAAGAAGCAGCGGCCGCAGACAGGCCCGCGGGACAGUAGCGGGCGAUGGUCCGACACGGCGCUGCUGUGCGGAGCCUUCCUCGGCCUGGGGAUGGGCAUCGCUGUUUUGGGCCCGACUUUCAAAGAGUUGGCGGUGAAUGUCAACAGAAACCUCAGCGAUAUCUCGUACAUCUUUGCGGGCCGUUCGCUGGGCUACCUAGGGGGCUCGCUGGUGGGCGGGCUGCUCUUCGACCACACGGACCACCACUUGCUAAUCGGAAUCUCCACACUGAUGACAGCGCUGGGCCUGUAUGCUAUCCCGUGGUGUACCAAGACACCACUGUUGAUGGCACUAAUAUCCCUCAUCGGCUUAUCAAUGGGCAUACUGGACACAGGCGGGAAUCUGCUGAUCCUGAUGACCUGGGGUGAGCAAGUGGGACCCUACAUGCAGGCCCUGCAUUUCAGCUUUGCCCUGGGUGCGUUCCUGACGCCGAUCCUGGCCAAGCCGCUGCUGGGCGGGCUGCAGAAGGCGGUGGGCGUGGGCGGGGUCUGGACGGAGGCCGGGGGCAACCGCUCGGAGACUGGAGCCUGGAGCAGCGUGCGUGACGCGGCCCUCAGCCUCAGCCCCUUCGUCUGGACCUACCUCAUCAUCGCCUCCUUUGUCCUCCUGGUCUCCGUCUCCUUCUUGGUGAUCUACCUGAGGUCCCGCCCCGACCGCGGGGGUCCCGGCCCCUCUUCCCCAGAGAGUCUCUUUGCCCGGCACCACAGUGUGCUGAUGUGCCUUCUCUCCCUCUUCUUCUUCUGCUACGUGGGCGCUGAGGUGGCCUAUGGCUCCUACAUCUUCACCUUUGCCAAAGACUUUGCCGACAUGGAAGACAACCAGGCUGCCGGCUUGAACUCUCUGUUCUGGGGGACAUUUGCCGCGGUCAGGGGCCUCGCCAUCUUCUUUGCCGCCUGCCUUUACCCGGGGACCAUGAUCCUUCUCAGCGUGGUCGGCUGCAUGGUAGCCUCUCUGGCCCUCGUGUUCUACCAUGCUGACGGCACUGUCCUGUGGCUGGGCACCGGCCUGUAUGGGGCCUCCAUGGCCACCACCUUCCCCAGCGGCGUCACCUGGGUCAAACAGUACACGGCCACCACCGGCAGGGGCGCGGCACUCUUCGUAUUCGGCGCCGCCCUGGGGGAGAUGGUGGUGCCGGCCACCGUGGGCUUCCUGCAGGGCGCCGAGCGCGACGGCGGCCACCCGGUCUUGAUGCUGACCGCCCUGGCCGCGUCCGUCGCCACCGCCGUCCUGUUCCCGGUCAUGUACAAGCUGGCCACCGCCUCCACCUCCCGCCCAGCCAGGGCCCGCGGCGAGGAUCAGACGGCUCUGCUGGGGUCGCGGGAGGACGAGGACGGGGACGGGGAGGAGGACGGGGAGGUGGACGAUGGCGAGUGGAACGACGCCGACUUCGAAGUCAUCGAGAUGAGCGACGUGAAGGAUGAGGCCGGAAAGCCAAUGGCCGUGGCCAAGGCCAAGGCCAAGGGGCAGCCUUCUCCAGAACGCCCCCCCAUCCCCCCCAUCGCCUAUCUGGGUGGCUCCCCGAAAAAGAAGCUGCUCUUGGAUAGAGAGAAGAACGACUGAACACUCCCUCCCUCCAGCUUCGGAAAUGUUUGCAGGAAAACAGACGGUCGGUCACAACCCCCCAUGGCCAGCGUGGAAAUAUCCAAUACGACAGCGCCUAGCUUUAACCUGAGAGGGGCAAAGCUUAAAGGAGAUGUGCGGGGCAGGUUUAUUUUUUACACAGAGGGUGGUUGGUGCCUGGAACGCGUUGCC